AUGGGUGACACACCGAUUACUAGAGCAGACCUAGAAGGUAUCCUAGAAGGUGUUACUGCGAAUUUUACCGCAGCCCUUGCUACGUUGACUAGUCAGGUGAACGAAUUGAAGACUGAUAAUAACAAUAGGAAGCGUGGAGAAGGCAGAGCUAUUCCUCAACAUAUGGUUCCACGAGGGAGAGGAACCACAAUUGCUAGCAGCUCUGAGUCUGAUUCAGAAGAUGAAGUUGUUGAUCUGGCGCAAUUAGGGCAAGAUGAUAAGGAUUUCAGGAUGAAGGUUGAUAUCCCUUUCUUUAAUGGGAUGAUGAACGUGGAGGAAUUUCUAGAUUGGCAGAUUGAAGUGGACAGAUUCAUAGAGCAUAUGAAUGUCGCGGAACAUAAGCAAGUGAAGUUGGUGGCAGCUCGUCUCAAGAGCACUGCGGCAGUUUGGUGGGAUAAGUUGAUUCUUUACAGGAUGUACCUAGAUUGUGUUCAAGGGGCGAAGACCGUAACAGAGUAUACCGCUGAGUUUGUGCGUCUUUCUGAGCGCAAUGACUUAGGCGAAUCUGAAGGGCAGAAGGUUGCUCGGGCUUCUAGUGCUGUUAACAAAGAGGGUGGCGUUUCUGGUUUUGGCAGUACUAGCAGGGCAACUCGGGCAGCACCUGUGCAGCGACCUUUUAACCCUUAUACAAGGCCUUUCCUAGGUACUUGUUAUAGGUGUUUACAGCCUGGUCAUAGAUCCAACGAGUGUACUGCCCCUCCGAAGGUGGUUAAAGCAGUUCAGGCUUUAAUCGAGGCCUGCGAGGAAGACGAGGCGGAGGAAGGAGGCGAUGACUAUGAAGGGGCUGAAUUUGCAGUGGAAGAUUCUCCAGAAAAGGUGAACAUUGUAUUGCAGAGAAUUCUGUUGUCUCCCAGGAAGGAGGACGGUCAAUGUAAGAACCUUUUCAGAUCGCAUUGUUCUGUCAACAACAAGGUGUGUAAUUUGAUUGUGGAUAAUGGGAGUUGCGAAAACUUUGUUGCUGAAAAGUUGGUAGAGUAUUUGCAGUUGCCAAAAGAGGCCCAUGUGAUGCCCUAUUCUCUGGGUUGGGUGAAGAAAGGUCCUCAAGUGCGUGUAACCAGAACCUGUAAAGUGUCUGUUUCGAUUGCCUUGUAUCUGUUUACAAGAAGAAGCAAAGCAAUUCCAAGAACUAGGCUUCCUCCAGGACCAAAGCCAUUUCCAUUGAUAGGGAAUCUGCUUGAGCUUGGAGACAAACCACAUGUCUCUCUUACCAAGCUUUCCCAACGAUACGGCCCCAUUAUAAGUUUGCAGCUAGGUCAAUUAACCACUGUUGUAGUUUCUUCUGCAACUCUUGCCAAAGAAAUCCUCCGAACCCAUGACCAAGUCUUCUGCAACCGAACCAUCCCGGAUGCAGUCCACUCUUGCAAUCACGCCGACUACAGUUUUGCCUUUCUUCCUGUAUCAGCAAAAUGGAGAAAUCUUCGAACAAUAUGCAACUUACACUUGUUUGCACCCAAAGUUCUUGAUGCCAACCACUCCAACCGGCGCGUAAAGGUGCAAAAGCUCGUGGAUAGUAUGAGGGCCGGCGAGGCCGUAGAUAUCGGAAAAGCUGCUUUCACAACCGCGCUCAAUCUGAUGUCGCAGACUAUCUUCUCUGUGGAUUUGGCUGACCCGAGUAGCAGGACAGCUAAGGAGUUCAAGGAGACUAUUUGGGGUAUAAUGGAAGAGGCAGGGAAACCAAACUUGGUGGACUUUUUCCCUUUGCUAAGGAAGAUUGACCCACAAGGUAUAAACCGGCGCCAAACCAACUACUUCAAGAAGAUGAUAGACUUCUUUGAUCGAAUGAUGGAUCAAAGGUUGCAAUCAAGAAAAGAGGACAGUUAUAUCACAACCGAUGAUAUGUUGGAUACACUUCUGAACAUCAGUGAAGUGAAAAGGGAGGACAUGGAUAUUCUGGAAACUCAACAUUUGUUUCUGGACCUAUUUGCUGCUGGCACAGAGACAACUUCAGCCACAUUGGAAUGGGCAAUGGCUGAGCUACUAUGCAACCAAGAAGUCCUCUCCAAAGCUCAAACGGAACUCAAGCAAGAAAUCGGAAAAGGGAAGUUAGUUGAGGAAUCCGACAUUGUUCGUCUCCCUUACUUACAAGCAAUAAUCAAAGAAACAUUUCGGCUCCACCCAACAUUUCCAUUGCUACUCCCCCGAAAGUCAGGGGCUAACAUAGAAAUCGGCGGGUACAUAAUCCCGGAGGGUGCACAAGUUCUGAUCAAUGUUUGGGCCAUUGGCAGAGAUCCCCUUACUUGGGAGAACCCAAAUUUGUUCAUGCCGGAGAGGUUUUUGGGAGAAGACAACCAAAUUGAUUUUACGGGAAGAAACUUUGAGCUAAUUCCAUUUGGUGGUGGGAGGAGAAUAUGUCCUGGAUUGCCAUUGGCAAUAAGAAUGUUACACUUGAUGUUGGGUUCAUUGCUUAACAACUCUGACUGGAAGCUUGAAGAUGGAGUCGUCGCUGAGACUAUGAAUAUGGACGAGAAGUUUGGCUUAACGCUACAGAAGGCUCAACCUCUAAGAGUUGUACCCAAGAAGUAA